AUGCGACUAUUAUCUGUGCUGCUCAUAGCUGCUCUGAUCACGGUCGCAUAUGCUUGGACCAAGGAAGACCAUGAAAUCUUCGACCUCGUGAGCGCGCUAGAGGCUUCAGAAGGCAGGGGAACGACAUUCUACUCAUGGCUUGGGGUGUCUUCCACGGCUUCCACCAACGAGAUUUCCAAGGCGUACCGCAAGAAGAGCGUGCAGCUACAUCCUGACAAGAAUCCGGGUGUCAAGGAUGCACAUGAGCGGUUCGCAAGACUUGGUGUGAUAGCGAAGAUGUUGAGGGACUCAGAAGGUCGCGAACGCUAUGACUUCUUCUACAAGAACGGCGUGCCAAAAUGGAGAGGCACCGGAUAUUAUUACUCAAGGUUCAGGCCAGGGCUCGGGACCGUCCUGACCUUCUUGAUUCUACUCACCUCCGCUUUGCAUUAUGUGAUUCAAAGUCUGAACUUCAAGCGCGAUGUACUUCGUAUCGAAGAGAUCCGUACACAAGCGCGUGCCAUGGCAUGGGGCUCGAAAAUGAUACCCACAUCUGAAGGGAAAAGGAAGGCAAGUUCGGUGAAGCUAAAUUUGGGCGGUGGACCACGACUUGAUGACGACGGCAAUGUGGUUUCUGGGAGACUGGUCGAUAUGGUCGUAGAAGGGAAUGAUGUCUAUCAUCCCCAACCCGAUGGAAGCCUGACGCUUAUAGACAGCAGUAAUGCUGAACCUCCGGCACUCAAAAGGACAUGGUUCCUGGCACUGAUUAUCAUGCUAUUUGACAAGAUGACGAAGCGGGCAUCACAUGUAACAGAAGACGAAGACCUUUCCGCGAAUGGCGAUUUAGAGGACAGCGACACUGCUCCAGGAACUUCUUCCGAUGCUGGAGGAGGCGGGGACGCGACUUCUAAAGGGCCACCUAGACCGGGUACGAAGGGCGGUCGAGUAGCCGCGACUACGAUGGCGGGCGGACGGAGACGGAAGGUGGUUAGAAAACGAUGA